CAGCACUCUGAUGACGUUCCAGUCGGCCGUUGAAGAGACAGCUCGCGCUCGGCUCGUGCGUGAUAUCCGAGCAGUAGUGGUUUUGUACUUAGCUCGUUAGCUAGAUAUUUUUCUUUCCUCAGAAGACUGAGCUCUAACAGGAACCUAUCAGAGUUCCACCUGCAAGCAGCAAUUUUUCUCCCUUUUCCCUUUUCCUGUUUUUUUUUCUUUUUCUUUUUCUUUUUAUCCUGAUCUUUUGUGGAGAGCACAGCUUUUCCAUCCAAGAGCUGGCGGCUGUGAUUUUGAUGGUUUGGAGCCGGUCUGUCCCCGCUGACGGACACAAGCUUUGUGGUUCAAUUCACUGCUGGAAAUAUGAGCACAGCCAAGUCAACUGGGAUCAAAGUCCCGAGCAAGAUAUCUAAGGCACCUGGAUCUGGAGCUCCCAAAACAAAUCCAGUCACAGCAAAAGCUGCUAGUGCUGAUAAAGCAGCUACAAGUGCCAGUGGAGGCGAUGACAACAAUGCUGAAGAAAACUUCCAGGUUGGGGAGCGAGUGUGGGUGAAUGGAAACAAGCCUGGCAUCAUACAGUUUUUGGGAGAAACCCAGUUUGCUCCUGGACAAUGGGCGGGGGUUGUCCUAGACGAGCCGAUUGGAAAGAACGAUGGCUCAGUGGCAGGCGUCCGUUACUUCCAGUGUGAAGCCCUUCGAGGGAUAUUUACCCGCCCUUCUAAAUUGUCUCGCACGGAAGGUGAGGCUAAUGGAACUCAGACUGCAACAGCUUCUCGAGCUGCAUCACCCACCCCUUCAGUUGGAAGUGUUGCCUCACACACACCUGCCACAAAGUCUGCCUUGCCCAAAACUACAACAGCAGCUAAGAAGGCCCCUUCCACGGCAGCGGCUACUGCCACUUCGAACCUCGCACACACCAACAGUGAAUCUGUCUCCAACCUUUCAGACACCGGCUCAGUCAAGAAGGGCGAACGAGAACUAAAGAUCACCGAUCGUGUGUUGGUUGGUGGCACUAAGGCAGGAGUGGUGCGAUUCCUUGGAGAAACAGAUUUUGCCAAAGGAGAGUGGUGUGGUGUGGAACUGGAUGAACCUCUAGGGAAGAACGAUGGAGCAGUGGCUGGCACCAGAUAUUUCCAGUGCCAACCCAAGUAUGGCUUAUUUGCUCCCGUUCACAAGGUCACACGCAUUGGCUUUCCUUCUACAACUCCAGCCAAAUCCAAAACAACAGCUCGAAAAGUGGUGGCCACACCAUCUGGGAUAAAGAGAAGCCCUAGUGCCUCAUCUAUCAGUACCAUGAGCUCAGUGACAUCUUCUGUUAACACUAAGCCAAGCCGAGCUGGACUGCUCACAGAGACCUCGUCAAGGUAUAAUCGAAAGAUUUCAGGCCCUACAGCCCUGCAGGAGGCACUGAAGGAGAAGCAGCAGCAUAUUGAGCAGCUAAUGGCUGAGAGGGACAUGGAGAGAGCUGAGGUUGCUAAGGCCACCAGCCAUGCUGGAGAGAUGGAACAGGAAAUUACCCUGCUCAGGGAUGAUCAGGAGCAGAUGGAGACAAAAAUGGAUCAGUUGCGUGGCUUAGUGGAAGCUGCAGACAAAGAGAAAGUGGAGCUGCUGAAUCAAUUGGAGGAGGAACGCAGGAAAGUGGAAGACCUUCAGUUUCGUGUUGAGGAAGCUUGCAUUACCAAAGGAGACCUUGAGACGCAGACCAGACUGGAGCAUGCCCACAUUAAGGAGCUUGAACAGAGCCUGCUCUUUGAAAAGACCAAAGCUGAGAAACUCCAAAGAGAGUUAGAAGACACUAGGGUUGCUACUGUGUCAGAAAGAUCACGUAUUAUGGAACUCGAGAGAGACCUUUUGCUGAAAACAAGAGCGGUAGCAGACCUGCAGCUGCGUGUUGGGAUCCAGCAGAGCUCUGAUGUGUCUAACUCUACCCAAUCCCCCUUAUUGGAGGAGAUAAAUGCUCUUAGGGACCAGCUGGCAACUCAAGAAGCUAAAUGGCAAAAAGAGAUGGGGCAAUACAAAGAGAAACUAGAAGCUCAAGAAAAGAUUCACAGUGAAGCAGUUUCUCAGCUUGGGGCCACAUCUGUAAAGCUGUCUAGUGAGAAGGAACAGUUACAGAUGCGAUUAAGCCAAGCUGAAAAGGAGAAUGCGGAGACUGUAGAACUAUGGCGUUCUAAGUUGGAGUCCACCAUUGACUCCCAUCAACAAGCUAUAAAAGACCUGAAGGCUUCCUUCAGCAAAGGUGCAGAUGUCCAAGCAGAGGAACUUGUAGAAGCCAAAAGUGCUUUAGAAAAGCUCAAGCUGGAGCACAAGUUGGCUUUAGAUGAGACUACAGCUAAACACAAAGCUGAUGUCUCCUCUUGGACUCAAGAGAUGCAAGCAAUGAAGGCACAGCUGUUGUCUUUGACUGAGGACAAGGAGCGACUGGAGGAGUUCCUACGGUCCAGUGUUGAGAGAGCAGAGGAGCAGCACCUUGUAGAGAUGGAGGACGUUCUUGGAAAGCUUCAUGCUGCUGAAAUUAGGGUUAAGGAGCUUGAGGAGAAGGAAGCAACGAUAGCACAGCAGGUUCAAGACAAAGACAGAGAAACCAAAGAGCAGAAGGCAGAAGUGGUGGCUCUCUGCAGCCAGUUAGCUCAAAUUAACCAGGAGUCUGUGGCCCUGAAGAGUCAGUUAGAGGAGGUGCAGAAACAGGGACACAGCCAUGGAGCAAAGGUUAGUGAACUGAGCUCCCAGCUGGAGAGUAAAGAACAGGAAGUUGUCUCUUUACAGCAGAAUCUGGCUACUGUAAAUCAGCAGAAAGACUCCCUGGAACAAGAACACCACAGCCUGAAAGCAAAGUUGGAACAAAGCACAGAGGAGCUGAUUAAAUCUGCUCAAACAAUGCAAGAAACACUUGAGAAACUUGGUAAGAAGGAAGAGCAGUGCACCACCUUAACUACAGAGGCUGAGAUUGUAAGAAGUCAGCUUGCUGCAACAGAAAGAAAACUGAAGGCUUCAGAUGAAAAGCUUGAGCAGUUUUCAAAGGACAAAAGCAAGCUGGAAAAUGAUAUUUCAGACAUAAUGAAGGCAACUGGUGAUAGUUCAGUACAGCUGACAAAAAUGAAUGAUGACCUCCUACAGAAGGAAAGGAGACUGGAGGAGUUGCAGAAUCAGCUAGCAGAGGAGAAAGAGAGAGUGGCACACCUGAAUGAACAGCUUCAACAAGAGCUGUCCAACAAGGAGCAGGAGCUGAAAGAGACCAAAGAUGCCCAUCAGUCUCAAAUAAAUAGCCUCCAGGAGAAGAUGGCUAACUUGGAGACAACUCUUAAACAGAAUGAGCUCCUUCUGAAGGAUCUGAAGGCAUCAAAAGAAAAGUCCCUCUCUGACGCCUCAGAGCUCCACAUGAAGGAGCUGGAGGUGCUGCAGACACAUGUGGAACAGUUAAAGUCAGAGCUCUCAUCCUCCAAGGACAAAACUCAAGACUUGGAAAAGAUGGUAUCUGAGCUGCAGUCAUACAAAGAACAGGCUCAGCGCCUUUCUGCUGAGCUUGACAUCUACAAAAAUGACGUUGACCAUUUAUCCAAAAAGUUGGAAAACUUGAGUCUAGAUCUGGAAAACAAAUGUAAGGAAAGUCGAGAAGUUAAAACCGAGAGAGAGGAACUGGAGAAGCAGCUUUCUGAAAAACAAAAUCAGCUCUCUGCCCUUGAGAUUAGUCAUAAAGAUCUUUUGGUGCAGAAUGAACAGCUGCUAAAAGCUAAAGAUCAACUUUCUGAGUAUCAAGAGGAGCUACUCGCUAGUAAAACACAUUCAGAUGAAGAGAGCAUUUCACUGAAAAAGGACAUUGAGACUCUCAAACACCUCCUUCAAGAAGCCCAGAAUGAAACCAAAGAGCUGCAGAACGGUCAAGGUGAUUAUUUGGCUCAAAUCGAGAAGCUUCAAAGACAAAAUUCAGAGAAGGAUGAAAAUGUCUCAAAGCAGCAGUUGGACAUUCAGCAAAUCGAGUCUAAAAAGAAACAGUUACUUGAGGAUUAUGAAAAUGUCUGCAAAGAGAGAAACCGACUUGAAGAGCAUCUCAAUGAAACCCAGUCAAAAUUCACAUGUGAGAGAGCGAGCCUCAUAUCGGAGCGAGACGCAGCUCGAAAUGCCAGAAACACGGCUGAUUCUAAGAAUGUAGAGCUGCAGGGAAAAGUCAAUUCUCUGAAUUUAGAAAAAGAAGAUCUUACGAUGAAGACAACUCAACUGCAGGUUCUGGUAGAAACACUAACUAAAGAGAAAGUAGGAAUGUCCGCUGAAAUCAGUGCUGCUGCUUUAGACAAAACCAACUUUGAGACUGAGAAGGAGGUACUUCAGAACAAGCUGAAUCUAAUUAAGAAAGACCUGGAUAGUCGAGUUCGUGAGUGUGCCGAGCUUAAUGCCUCUAAAACAAGCCUGGCUCAGAUGCUGGAAGAGUUCAAGACCAGCAGUGAAGUUACAGACUCUGAAAAGCUCUACCUUCUGCAGGAGAAAGAGGACCUGAUUGCAAACCAAAGAAAACUCUCCAAUGAGAAGGAGGAGCUGAUCAGAGAGAUGCAAGAAGUCAAGGAGAAACUGCUGCUUUCAACGGAACAACAGUCUCGUGGUAACGAGAACCUCAAAGAGGCCUUAUCUGCUUUUGAACAAGAGAAACAAGUAUUGCGCCUUCAGAUUUCUGAAGCUGAGAGGACGUUGCAUGAUUUGCGAAAAGAAAAGAUGGGCCUAGAUUCGGCUCUAGAGCAGAGGAGCAUGGAUUAUGAGCGCUUGGCCGUUGAGAAAGGAGAGCUAGAAGAGAAGUACUCAAAGUCCACAUCUGAGAAGGAGGCUCUUUCUCUUGAACGAGAAAAGCUAAUUGGUGACAUCCGUAGCACUAGGGACCAGUUAGAUAGCUUUACCAGAAGCAAUGCCGAUCUUCUUCAAGACAAGAACAAUUUAACAGCCAUGCUUGAGGAUAAAACCCAGAAGAAAAGUGAGCUGGAAGCUGAGCUGAACUCCUUGAAGCGAGAGAAAGCUGGCUUACAAAAUGAACUUCAGAAACUUUCCUCUAACGCUGAAAUUCUGGAGAAGGCCAAAGCUGAACUUGUCUGUGAGCAUGAAAGAAUAAAAGACCAAUUAGAAAAAUCAAAUCUAGAGCUCGUUAGGCAGGUGGACAAUCUGAAAAAUGAUUCUUGUCAGAUUCAGACACUGCAGGCUGGGGCUGAAAACAAAGUGCAGUUUUUACAGAACGAGAACCAGGUUUUGCUUCAACAAAUCCAGGAGUUAAAAAGUCAGAUUGAAUCUCUGUCUGAGGCCCGGAGCCUUCUUGAGACCGAGUUGCAAUCAGAAAAUGUUGAACGGCACAAAGCCAUGUCUGACAAAGAUGGUUUAUUCAAACAGCUGGAGGAACUUCAGAGAGCUUUGUCAACAGCUACACAAGAAAAUAAAGACAUUUCAUCCAACUUCAAGAAUGCCAGUGAGCAGAAUAAGUCCUUUAUGGUGGAGGUGAAGGCUCUGAAAACACAGUUAAAGCAGCUAGAGCAAGAAAAUCACAAACUGAUGGAACAUAAGGAGCAGCUAUUAUCUAAGCUUGAAGAAGUGGACAAACAAAUGACUUUGGUAACCACAGAGAAAGAUGAGCUGUCAGCAAAGCAGUCUAAACUGGAGGAAGAAAACUCUACUCUCUGUACAAACAAGGUGGACUGGCUCGCCGAACGCUCGACACUUCUGGAAGAGGUGAGGUGUUUGCAGGCUAGCAAGAAACAUCUGGAGGAUGAAGUUCAGUCCAAGCAGACUGAGAAAGAACAACUGGAAGAACAGUACAAGGAUGCUGUUGCAGAGGUAUCCGCAUCUGCUGCAGUGAAAGAAGAGAUUUCCUGCAGCCUCUCAGGUGUCACAGCUCAGAGGGAUGCCAUGCAGGUGGAGAGGGACGAAGCCACGCAGAAAGUCAGGGACCUCGAGACGCAACUAAAAAAUGCUCUUUCUAAGCAGCUUGAGGCCACAGAGGUUGCUGGCAAGACUUCUGAAGCGAUUGAACAGCUGAAAAAGGAGAACGCUGUUCUGUUGAAGGAGAAGAAUGAAGCUCAGUCUUUGCUGGAAAAGCUCCAGGGUUCAAAGGAGGAACUACAGACAGAGCUGGAAACUCUCAGGAAAGAGAAUUCCACGUAUCAAGAAGACCUGAAAGUGUCCAAAGAACAACUUUGCACAAAAACGCUGAAGACAAAGAUUUUGUGUCAGGAAAUUGAAGAACUUACAGAAGCCGUCUCUGUGAAGUCAGAGUCUCUGCAGAUUCUGCAAGAUCAGAACAACAAGCUGUCCCAGCAGCUUGACAACAGUCACAAAGACCAAAGUGAUCUUGUGAAGUUGCAGGACGAACACUCAAAAUUCGAAAAAGAGCUGAAAGAGUUGAGACAAAGCCUGCCAUGUAAUGCCUUCAGUGAAAGCACUUUGAAGAAGCAGUUGAAUGAGGAGCAGGCUGCCUUCCAACAGUCCCUCCAUAAAAACAGUGCCUUAAUCUCAGAAAAGGAGCAGCAGGUGGAAAACCUGAAGAGUGAGUUGGCUGCGGUGCAGGAAGAAAGUGCCUCCAUUAAGACUCUGCAGAGAACAAUUCAGACGUUGGAGCAGGACAAAGCUAACCUACAGGAGCGUGUUCGGAGAUUGGAGGAAGAUCUCACAGCUGGACCUGACAAUAUCAACAAGUCCUUGGGUGAUGCGACUUUAGACCAAAUGAGGGAAGACAAAGAGACAGCGGAGAGUCAGGCUGCGGUUGAAUUCCUGAACUCCGUUAUUGUUGACCUUCAGAGGAAAAACGAGGAGCUCAAAGACAAGUUGGAGAAAAUGGCUGCUGCGGCUCUCAAUGGGAAUAAUCCAAAUGAACUGGAAAAUGAUGAUGGCUACGACCAGCAACCCGCAAAGAGUAAGCUUCCUCCAAGACUGUUCUGCGACAUCUGCGACUGCUUCGACCUCCAUGACACGGAGGACUGUCCCACACAGGAGCAGAUGCCGGACUCGCCUCCACACACCACUUACCACGGCAAUAAGAGCGACGAACGACCCUACUGCGACACCUGUGAGGUCUUUGGCCACUGGACCGACUUUUGUAAUGACGACCAGACCUUUUAAAAGCCUUUUAAACCCUUGUUCGCACAGUCAGUAUAUUUGCUCAUCACAUUGGUUCUGCCGUGCUCCUAGGUUCUGUGCUGUCCACAUCGGCCUUUAAGCGCUCCUGUAGCAUCUAGAAACAUACCACGCAGAAGCUACCAGUCAUUGUUUUUAACUGUAAAUGGGUGUUGGAAGGAAACUGUUGCUAUCCUGGGUUUGUGUGCGCGGGAGAGUAACUGUAAGUGGAUGUAUGGUUCUGGGAGAAGCUGUGGUCUUCCUCAGAUCUGGUAAUUUAUCAAUAUCCUAACAUUUGCACAAAAUACCUGGGGCUAUAAGAUUAAAAUGGUAUCAUAAAAGGUGUUUAUUUCAAACUGUAAAAUACUUGAUUGAAAAACAAAUAUAGGUUUGUGCAAAAAAAGAGAAUUGGUGAGCCAUAGUUUAUUUUUCUAUGCCUAAGAAUGCUAUAUGUGUAAUUUUAUGAUGGGAGAUUUGGGGUGGAGCAUGAGCCCAGUGCUCUUUGGCUUUAAUGGGAACUUUUUUAAGGAGUUCUGAUGUUGAUCAGUAAGAAACUUUGUGCUUACUGUGAGACUUCUGGGUUUGGUUAUUAUGAACUUUUCUGAAAGCUUGUUAUUGAUAAAAAAUGAUUUGUUUGCAUAAAUGAAAAACUUUGGCAUCUCUCGCUACAUGUUUUAAAAAAACUAUAAAAAUAAAGUUUAUGGACUAAUUGAAAACAUA